GAGCGGUGAUGGCUGGCGGGGCGGGACCAAGACCACGACCAAGACCAAGAGAGCGCUCGCGUUUUGACAGCUCAGUGUGUAAACAAACAUGGCAGUCGGAAGAGGUGUGGACGAUUCCUCCAGCAACGCCCCGGAGGUGGGCUCCUCGGAUCCCAGCCAGACGAUUUUGCCAACAGUCCUGCACAUGAUAGAGGACAACACUCUGCACUUCAAGAACGAUGACUCUGAGCACGGGCAGCGGCUGCACAGUGGCUUUCUCGUGCUCAAGGAGAAUAUGGAUAAAGUGACGACGUUGUCAGAAGCGCUGAGGAAAGAAGCCCAUCUGUAUGACUUUGACGAGAACACACCCGGCAAUGGGUUCAGGAGCUUCAAUAACAUAGUGCACCAGGCUGUGGUGUCCGUGUUCAGCCUGUGCAAGCACGUGUGCACGGGCCGCGACUCGCUGCUCUUCAGGAAGGGACACUACGUCAGGGAGGUGGAGGCGUGGGGCCAGACUCUUGCGUCACUGGUCGUCCUCCUUGAGUACAUUGACUACGUGCUGCUGCCACGGUGUGAGGAGGGCAACCUCCUUAGUGGCACUGGCAGCUCCCCCAAUGAGCUGAUGUCCAUGCUCAACUCAGUGCCCCAGUACUCCUUUUAUGGGCGAUGUUGUGCCUUCCAUUAUGUACCUUCUCUGCGCAAGACCUUGAAGUACUUGAACAUCUGCCUGAGUGCAUUCAGCGAAAUUUAUUAUGCAGAUGGCAGUAGCUUCAUGCAGAGAACAAAGAACUCUGUGAUGCUAGGCAGUCGCUAUGUGGUGGAUGCUGAGCUGCGGUCACGCCGGAUUGUUGACGUGGUGCAGUAUUCGUCAGUGGAGUUUAUCAAGACAUUCUGGUCUGUUGCUGACACAGAUAUCAUGACACAGCUGCCAGGGAUCGUAGGGCCCAGCCUGGCAGUGCAGCAGGUGGUGGUGGUGCCAUGCGAGGAGCAACAGAUCAUGAAGGUGGAUGGCACAGCCACAGUCGUCAUCCCACCACCCCACUCCCACAUUGAGGCGUGUCCCAUCAUCUGUCACCUGCUGUCGUCCAAGAUGCAUGAAGGCAUGGUAGGCAGAAAGCCCGGUGAGAAGGAGGCCAAGGGUGUGGGUGUGGCUCCUCCCUCGGACUGCCUUCUCAUCCAUUGCCAUGGUGGAGGUUUUGUCACACAGUCCACCAAGGCACAGGAGGUGUUCCUUAGGGAGUGGGCAGCCAGCAUUGGAGUUCCCAUUCUCUCCAUUGACUACUCCCUUGCUCCUGAGGCCCCUUACCCACGGCCACUGGAGGAGGUGCUGACAGUCUAUUGCUGGGUGCUGAACAACUUGAAGAUCUUAGGCUGCACAGGGAAGAAGAUUGUACUCACAGGUGACAGUGCUGGUGGUAACUUGAUAACUGGACUCACCAUCAAGUGUUUGGAGCUUGGGCUACGUCCACCAGACGGCCUCUUCUUGGCAUACACACCGUUAAUGUUUGAGCUGAUCCCGUCACCAGCCAGACUGCUUGCUGUCAUGGAUCCAAUGUUGCCACUUGGUUUUGCUCUCAGAUGUCUUAAAGCUUAUGCUGGUGUACCAAGUCAACAAGUGUCUCGGGUCACCACUCCUGGAGAUUCAUCACAGCCAGCACCUUCUCAGGUGGCAUCCUCCCCUACCACACCCUCCAUGGCCACCCCCUCCCAAGCCAUGCCCUCCAUGGCCUCCAACAUGUCCACCACCUCAGAGAGCAAUGGCCUCCCUAAUGAAACUACAGCACCUCGCACUGUUGGUCAGAGCAAGGCAAUCUCUGAUACUCAGAGUGACACUGAGUCCUUUGUGGAAGUGUCAGAGAGUGAUGUGAAGGAUGCAGAGUUCAUGGUCAAAAGUCCUUCAUUUCACUCUGAGCCAGGUUCUGACACUCUCACCACUGUCUCACUCACCUCUGAAGCAUCCAAGCUGGAGGACUCUACCAAAAACAGUAAUGGCAGCGGAGAUCAGAAACCUGAGGAGAAAGAGGAGCGGUCCAGAAGAUAUGUAACUGAGUUUUUAGAAAAGUAUGUUCUCGAUUCUCGAACAGACAAGCAGGGCAGAAAAGUACCAAUCCUCCGAACUGGCAGUGAAGAGAGUGAACAAGAGGAUGAAACUGUGCUAUAUGAGGCCCCAGGUGUAGGUGCUGGGAUCACAGCCAGGCUGGGGCGGGCCAGGGAUGCUGUGGUGAGUGGUAUCUCAGCUGGCUUGACGUCAUUUGGUCUGCGAAGAAAGGAGAGUGUUUCCUCACCCACCUCUCCUGUCAAGCCUGUCCCAACAGAAGAAAACUCAAAAAGACAGUCAAUGGGCCAGAUUCUGCUGGGCAAGAACAACGUUUCCAGGAGGAACAGUCGCUGCAGUCUGAUGGAGGAGUUUACAGGGGUGGAGCUGCUCAGUGACCACUACCUCAGCCCCCUCACUGCACCCAAAGAGAUCCUGGCCAAGUUUCCUCCAUGUGUCAUCCUUACUGUAGAAUAUGAUUUCUGCUUGGAUGAUGAUGUUACAAUGGCCAAAACUCUCAAGUCACUGGGAGUCCCUGUCACACUGGACAUCCUGCAACAGCUGCCUCAUGGCUUCCUCAGUCUGUCCAUGGUGUCCCAAGAGGCUCAUGUGGGGUGCAAAAGAUCAGUUUUCCACAUAAGGCAACUCCUGGGGUUGGAUGAUGCCCCUGGCUCCCCUAUCAGUGCUGAUGCUGCUGCCACAACCUCCAACACUGCCACUGACAAAGUUACCUAAGUUGAAGAGAUCUACAAGAUUUUUGUUUUUUAUCCAAAAGAGGUGGUAAGCUUAUUAUGGUGUAUGAUUUGUAGUUUUACAGUAUUACAAUCCUAUUUGCUGAAGAUUUUAUAUUACUUGCUGAACAUUUUAUAUUACCUUUUUCAUCAUAGGCUUUAAUUUAUUUUAUAUUCAUUAAAAAUAUAUAACUGAUUUUAGUAAUACAAAAAGAUAAUAAUUCUGAAUCUCAGUUUUCUUUUAGUCAGUGCCAAAGAGGAGAAUAAUGUAGUGUGUACCAAUUGAAUUAGAAAUUUGAGAAUAUUUUGCAAAACUGUAUUCAUGAGCACAAAUUAUCGUGCCACCACCAUAAUAUGUGUAAACAUUACGUUAUUUAUAGGUUUUAAUACAAGAGCCAUCCAUUCAUGUUCUAAUUCAGGGAUGGAUUUAAACUACAAAAAUUAUAAUACUUUUGAACAUUAUGUAUACAUACAUAAAGUUUAUUUCAGAACCUUUUUUUAUCUUCAUUGCUUGUACUUUGUUGCCUCAUUCAUUUGAUGCCAAGUUUAUUUCACAAGCUCUUUAUCUUUAUUGCUUGCAUUUUGUUGCCACAUUGAGAAUAGCAUAGGAAUGAUACAUAUUAUAUAAUCUGCUGUGAGGGUACACAGAAAUUAUCCAGUGUGAUCAUAUGACAAAUUGGUGCUUUCUCUAGCUUCUUUAAAGGUGAGUUUUGUAAGGUUUUUAAUGUGUCAUCCUUUUUUAUUUUCCAUUUUUUAGGAUAUUAAUUUUUUUUUGUUCCUGUUAGAUCCAACACAGGAAAAAAAAUUUUGGAAAAUGUUUUAUUAUAUAUCUGCAAUUUGGUUUCAUUUUGGAAGUAAUAAACCUGAGGAUAGCUUUUUUGUUAUACACAAAGAUUUGUGCUUUAAGAACAAUUUUUGAAUGUGUUACAGUUGUAAUAGUCACUGAAUGAUGACAUAGUUUGGAAGUUUGGAAAUCAAAGCAUGUGAUAUACAAGUUAUUCAUUACAGACUCCUUGUGAUAACUGUUAGAGCUCUGAUGUACUGGCUUUUAGUCUUGAAAGUUUUGUAGGUGAUCACUGUUUUGUGUAAUGCCAGCUAAAAAUUGUUCAGGAUUUAUUUUGCUCAUGCAGUGCUUUGUGAAGUCUUUUAUUUUACUCAUAGGUUUGAGUUGGACUAUAUAUGAUGGCAUUUUAAUAAUGAAUGAAUGAAUGAAUAAUGAACCAGCCUUUGGAAUUAAAUGAAGUGGUCACCAUGCAUUACUGGCAAUAUGAGUGUUUCAUAUGAUGAGAUAUACAAGAGAAGUGUUGAGGGAAAUCUUUCUUAAUAAAACUGUAAACUGUAAUAUGGGUAUUCACUCAUGGAGAAACUUGCUGUAGUAUUAACUAUGUAUACUCAGAAUAUUUGCUUAAAGUUAACAAAUGUAAAUACUCAUGCUCUUUUAGGGCUAUGCAGUAUAUGUAUUUUUUUUUUGUAGGACUCAAUGCAACAAACACUAAUGGAACAGCAACCUUCAUUGAGUCUGUAUGCAGAUCUACAUAUACAGUCAACAGUGGAAGAAGCUGCUGAUACAGAUCUGUCAAAAAACAUUUCCAUAUGUAAUCCCAACACUGUGAGCUUUAGAAUUAGAAGCGCUUGCUUACUUAGAUAGAAAGUGCUUUGUGUAAGAUGGAAUCUCUUUUUACUUGUGAUAUAUAUUCAAGACAGGAGGUGCUGCUGUAGAUGCAAACCACAAAGCAGAGUUCUAUUUUGUUACUUUCGUUUAAGGUUUUUCCUCUCACUUACCUCAGUAAACACUUUUAUGGCGUGUAAAGGUUUUCAUGUCAUUGUGACAUCAAGGAAACCUCACAGUUGUGUGAAGUUCUGUACCCUCAUGAUGAGGUAAUGCUGAUACCCUGUCAAUGCAUAGUGAUGUAGCAUAACAAGCAACAGCAUAAUGGUGUAGCAUAACAACCAACAGCAUAAUGAUGUAGCAUAACAAGCAGCAGCAUAAUGGUGUAGCAUAACAAUCAACAGUUAAUGUGCAUACUUAGGCUUAAUUCUCUAUUCUGUAUUCUGUUCAUUCUAUAUGUUAAUGUGACCAAGUGGAAUUACUGAGGUGUGUGUUGUUGAGUGGGGGGUUGAUCAGCAUGCGAGGUAAAGAGAGAGAAACAUUUACAGUGAGGAUAAUAUUUAUGGUAUGCCAUAUUUAUUUUAUAGUGUAAGUAAUUGCAUUACAUACCUAAUUAUCUACCACUUUGAGUGCAGUUUUAUACAAAUUACCAGGUAGAUUAUAUUUAUUUUCACUGCAUUAUUAGUUUUGAUGUGCAAUUCACCAUUUUCUUGAGUUUUAGUGAUGAGUGACAUCCUUGGGUGAUAUCAUGGGUGUUGUUCCUUGCAGGACCACCUUCAUAAUGAGAAUGUCAUGAACAGUACGGGUGUGUGUGUGUGUGUGUGUGUGGCAUUGGCAGAAUGCUAGAUGGGGUUUAAGUAAAUUGUAUAGAUUAGAGAUAUAGAAAAAAUUGCAUAAUAUGUAUUUUGUAAAGUUUAAUAGAAAAAAAAUGCAAAGAUGUAAUAUGUUUGUUUGAGAGGCAUCACAGUUACACAAAUGCAGCUAUGAUGUGAAAAUUGAGUCAUUGCAAAGGUCUUUCAGUGUGGGAAUGUCCAGAGCAAUAGUUAAUUUGUCAUACGUACAGAAUUUUGCUUAUGGGCUUUGCAUACUAUUAAUAGCAUUUGCAUAAUGUAGAAGUAGGUAGUAAUUAAAGAUGACAACAUGUCACUGAUGAAGCCAUAUCACAUAAAACAGACUUGCAUAGUCAUAUUUUCUAUCUGUGCAAUAUAGUCAAGUACCACAUUGUGCAGCUUUGCCUUUGCUUUCUCCAUGUUCACCAGGUGUUUGCUGUAUAUAUUAUGUCUGUGGUACUACCUUGUGGUUCUAUCUUUCUAUACUCUCCUGUGUACUUACAUGUCACUUCAGUAUCAUUAGUGUCAUGAAGUAUCAUAUACAUGAAUAAAGAAAUCAAUAUUUCUUAUUUAAUUUUUUGUAUAUAAUAUUAUUAAAACUAAAACUGUAA